CUCCUGAAUCAUACGGAUUGCUCUCUUAUCUACCUUGAUAUGCCUAAAAAAGAUUUAUGGGUAGGGAUAGCUGAACCAGAUCCUAUACCAACUGUUGAGAGUGCAGGUAGCUGUGACAGUGUGAUCAGCAACAACUCCAGUUCCUUGGAAAUGAGUGACGGUGGCUUUGAUUAUCUAACAGUUGAAGAAAAAGAAUGCCUUAUGUUUCUUGAAGAAACUUUGCAUUCUUUAGACACUGAAGCAGACAGUGGACUUUCUACUGAUGAGGCAGAAGCUGUUGAACCUUCCAAACUUCCAAGGACAUGGCCUACAAGAGAUGUCCCCAAAGAACUGGAUCCUGACUAUCUUGGAAAGCAUAAACAAAUUGAUCCAAAAGGCAACACUUCUCUUUCUGGUUCAAUACCUGCUGCCAUCUUAAGUCCAGGCCACCAUAGCCUUCCAAAAAAUAUCAUGGCAAAAAAUACUGCCCAGACUUCCAAGAUUUUUGUCGCCGAAGCACUAGAAACUAAUGCUGAUGAUGUAAAAACUCUUCCUUCAUUACAUCCUACUUUAUGGGGCUCUCCUAAGCAUGGGACAUUGGACAUACUGAAAGAGCUGCCUGAGAUAGGUACUCAGGGAAGAAUCUCUGAGUUGGAAUCAGUAGUAAUUCCACCUCCUGAACCAUUCCAAGACCAGAGGAAGAGCCAUCUCAUAAUACAGCACGAACAGAUACUUAUUGAUUCUUGGAGACAUGCUGAAAAUAGGGCAACACCUCAUUCUGAAAGUAAGAGGAACCAAGGUGUAACAGAAGAGUAUGAGGCAAUAACAGUCCAGCAAAAAUUCCCACCAGAGAUGAUGGAGACAGCAACUGGAAAGGAAUCCUUUUUGAAAUCUGUCUCUCCUAAAUGUAACAAGAAAAGUUCUGAGCAAAUUGUUAAUCAUCAAGAAAUUGAUCAUAAACAUAUACUGGAAGAAUCUCAGUUAGAUUCUAGUUUCAAGCAAGGCCCUCCUACUGCCCCAAAGCCCAGAAAAUUGCCCCCAAAUAUUAUUCUCAAAACCAGCAAAAGCAAUGUUGCAUCGCUUAAUAUAGACCCAACCCAUAAGAUAAAAGUAUUAUUGCCAUCCAGUGGGAGGCCUAGAGCUGCAACUGGUGACUUUUCUAUGGAUAAAACUAAUGCCCUCCAAAAAGAACAAGAGAAGGCAAGGAGGGAGGCUCUUGAGAAACUGGGACUCCCUUUGGAUAAUGAAAAAAAUCCAGAUGACCAAGUGAUCAAAACUUCUAUUUACUCAAAAUCAAGAGAAAUGUCCUACACUAGCAGUAGGGAGAAUGUAAACAUGGAUGACAUUGCUCUUAAUAAGAAAUCUGUCCAGCAGUCUGACCAGAUGGAUGUCAAAGAAGUCCAACCAACUGACAUUAGCAUCCCAAGGGUCAAACAGGCAAAUUUCAAAUCUAACACACUGGAACGAUCUGGUGUGGGUCUGAGUAGUUGCAUCGCUUCUGGAAGCGAGGAACAGAACUUUAAGAAUAACAAAAUAUCUUUUCUCACUAAGAUCACUCCAAAUUUUCUCAGGAAUAACCGGAUGCGUCCAGCAUCUCUUGGCACAGGGAAAGACUUUGUUGAUCUGAAGGAAAACAAACAACAUAAUGUUGAGUGGGACAAAAAUCAUGAGAGAAGAUCUUACCCACUUCAGCACCCCUCCAAGCUUCCUAGGCCAGCAUGUGUUAGUGUAAAAAUCAUUCCUAAAGGAGCCACAGAAGAGCACAGAAAGGAAGCUUUAAAGAAGCUUGGCCUAUUGAAGGAGUAAACUGAAUAGCUAACUUAAUGCAAAAAUUGUAUGUUCAGUUUUGGUUAAUAUACUUAUUUAAUAUACUCUUCUCUUUUUUACAUUCAAAUGGAGAAAUUGAAGUUUACAUUAUACUGUACUGAUUAAGAUUUUGUAUAACAUGUGAACAUUGAUGGGUGGAUUAACACUGAUAAAAAAAUUCUUCAAUUAAUUCUGCCAUUUAUCAUACAGUUCACUUCCCAUCAACAAAGAAAUUUUCCAUUCCACCUGUAUGCAUUUGUGUAUAUAAUAUGCAAAGAUUUGACUAUUGUGAUGUGUAAAUAUAUGGUUGUAUGUGGUAGAUAUGUUUGGUCAAAAGGGGCAAUCUAAAAUGUUGGUGUUAUUGCAUGGGGCAAACCAUGAACUUUUGAAAUAUUGUACAGACUUGUAUCAUGGCAAUAGCAGUAUGACUAAAAAUCUUUAAUCAAUAUUGAGUUGCAAUAGUAGUAUGUUGGUUCCUUUUUAAAUGAGUGGGCCCAAUGUAACCUUGCUCACUGAAACCAGCAGUACUAGUAUGUCUAGUAUAUGUGGGUCAUUCAGUGUCUGUUAAAUAAAUAAAUAAAUAAAUAAAUAAAUAAAUAAUACAUUGGAUAUAAAUGUGAAACAUGAAGUAUUUAACCAUUCAUUUAUAAAUUGGCUUCACAUUCUAGAUUAACAAUUAAUAAAAUACAGAUGCUAGAAAUAAUGUUGAUUUGACCCACUUUAGUUUGCCACACCUAUUUUAUGUGAAUUGAUUAUCGCUGUAUUCAAAUUUAAAAUCACACAGCUAUUUAGAAUGGAAUGUAUGGGUGCAUGCUUCUAAAAGAUUGAGUAAUAAACUU